UCAGGUGGAAUUCUGGGAUUUUGGCCUCACCUCAAAAUCCUGAACCGUGUUAUUUUCUCUCUUUCUUUCCUCCAGCCAGAAAGACUCUUACAUCAGCCUCAGUUUCCUUUCCCUCUCUCUCUCUGCCUCUCUUGCUCUCUUUUCCACUCCCAGAAAGUCCUUCCGAUUAAGAGGUCAGCGGCUCGCAGUGCUGAAUGCAUCAACUCACAGUAGAUGUGGAAUAUUCCCCGAGACAGAUGGAUUCAUAAAAAAGGAGAGAGAAACUUGCAAAAAAGUGUGCAGCUUCUUAAGAAGACAUGAAGGUCAUGGAGGUUAAACUGAUCUCACACCAGGUCUUCUUUAUCCUGCUGGCUGUCACUGUAAGAGCCCAAGUCAACCCAGAAAUGUGCCGCUAUCCUCUCGGUAUGACUGGUGGGCAGAUUCAGGACGAGGACAUCUCUGCUUCCAGCCAGUGGUCUGAGUCCACUGCCGCAAGAUUUGGAAGACUUGACUUUGACAACGGAGACGGUGACGGCGCCUGGUGUCCUGACAUCAUGUCAGAGCCGGACGGCCUCAAAGAGUAUCUCCAGGUGGACCUGCGCUCGCUGCACUUUAUCACGCUCGUGGGCACCCAAGGUCGCCAUGCUGACGGCAUGGGUAAUGAGUUUGCCCAGAGGUACAGGAUCAAGUACAGCAGAGACGGUAGCAACUGGGUGGGAUGGCACGAUAGGAAGGGAAGGCAGGUCAUCGAGGGCAACAGAAAUGCGUACGAUGUGGUCCUGAAGGAUCUGGAGCCUCCCAUCAUCGCUCGCUUUGUUCGCUUCAUGCCUGUGACGGAUCACUCCAUGAUCGUGUGCAUGAGAGUGGAGCUGUACGGGUGUGAAUGGCUGGACGGCCUGAUGUCUUAUAGCAUCCCAGAUGGAGACCAAAUGAUCUACAGAGGCCUGGACGUCUUCUUUAAUGACUCUGUGUAUGACGGUGCAUCAGCCGAAAGGCUGACAAAGGGCCUCGGCCAGCUCACAGAUGGCACUUGGGGUCUGGACGACUUCCUCCACAGCCACAUCUACGGCGUGUGGCCCGGAUACGACUACGUGGGAUGGAGCAACAAGAGCUUCCCCAAAGGUUACGUGGAGACAAUCUUCGAGUUCGACCACGUCCGAAACUUCACAUCCAUGAAGGUUCACUGCAGCAACAUGUUUGGCCGAGGAGUGAGGAUGUUCAGACAGGUCACUUGUUACUUCCGGUCGGGAUCAGACUGGGAGUCCGACCCCGUGACCUUCAGGCCUGCCGUCGACCGCACCAGCCAAAGCGCCCGUUUUGUCAACGUGCCCCUCGGGGAUCGAACAGCCAGCGCCAUCAAAUGCCGUUUCCACUUCGGUGACCUUUGGAUGCUGUUCAGUGAGGUGGCCUUCCAGUCAGGCUCGGCGGUUUACAAUACAUCUCUGACUCCUCGCAAACAUGGACAUCCCACAAACACUCUGCCAGGAGAUGAUCCCACUCAUAAAGUGGAUGACAGCAACACGAGGAUCCUGAUUGGCUGCUUGGUGGCCAUUAUAGCCAUCCUAUUGGCUAUCAUCGUCAUCAUCCUGUGGCGGCAGGUCUGGCAAAAGAUGCUUGAGAAGGCAUCCCGUCGCAUGUUGGACGAUGAACUCACCGCUCGUCUCGCCGUCCAGACUCAGGCCUUCUCCUUCCAUCACUCCUCUCUGUCCAGCGAAGGUGGCUCGACCUCCAACUCCACCUAUGAGAGGAUCUUCCCCAUCUGUGCCGACUACCAAGAGCCUUCACGCCUCAUCCGGAAACUGCCUGAGUUUGCUCAGUCCUCUGAGCACCUUGGUAAGUUUGCAAAGAGCAGACGUCUAAAACAUCAGCUCAAGCUACAGCUCUGUAUCGUGCGUUUCUCUCCCACAUCAGAGCCGAGCGCCUCCUUCAGAGCUCUGACAGCCAGUGGUUCAGAUGGAGCUCCUCACUAUGCAGAGGCGGAUAUCAUCAGUCUGCAGGAGUCUUCAGACAGCAGCACCUACUCCAUCACAGCUGUCAGCAUGAAUCUGUUCGCUGGCACUGAUUCAUCCAUGAGAGAGUUUCCCAGACAGAAGCUCACCUUCAAGGAGAAACUGGGAGAGGGCCAGUUUGGAGAAGUACACUUGUGUGAGGCCGAGGGCAUGCAGGACUUUUUGGAUGAGGAUUUGUCUAUAGAAGGAAACAACGAGUCACCUCUGCUCGUCGCUGUUAAAACAUUACGGGAAGAUGCGAACAAGAAUGCAAGGAAUGACUUCCUGAAAGAGAUCCGGAUCAUGUCUCGUCUGAGGGACCCCAACAUUGUCCGUCUGCUGGCGGUUUGCGUGGACACGGAUCCUCUGUGCAUGAUCACUGAAUACAUGGAAAAUGGAGACCUGAACCAGUUUCUGUGCAAUCUCAGACUGAAGGAGGCCGCUGAUGAAGACAAGACAGAACAGGAGGAGAAAGAAGAGAAGAGUUUGGUCAAUUACACCAAACUGAUUGGCAUGGCAGUGCAGAUUGCAUCCGGAAUGAAGUACUUGUCCUCUCUCAACUUCGUCCACCGUGAUCUGGCGACACGUAACUGCCUGGUGGGUAAAAACUUCACCAUAAAGAUCGCCGACUUCGGCAUGAGUCGGAACCUGUACAGAGGAGAUUACUACCGGAUCCAGGGCCGAGCCGUCCUGCCCAUUCGCUGGAUGUCCUGGGAGAGCAUCCUGCUAGGUAAGUUCACCAUGGCCAGUGAUGUUUGGGCGUUUGGGGUGACUCUGUGGGAAAUUCUGACGCUGUGUAAAGAGCAGCCUUAUUCCCAGCUCUCUGAUGAGCAGGUCAUUGAAAACACAGGAGAGUUUUUCAGAGACCAAGGCAAGCAGGUUUACCUUCCAAAGCCUCCCUGCUGUCCUGACAGAGUCUACAAUGAUCUCAUGCUAAGCUGUUGGAGGAGAAACGCCAAGCAAAGGCCGAGCUUUCAGGAGAUACACACUCAGCUGAUGGAGAGUUUGGCAUAGCAGAUGGGAUUUAUAGUUUCUCUCUGCCAUCCACUGUCCUCUUUGCUUCCUUCAGCGUGGAUUCAUUUGGAUUAUAUUCAGAGUCAGAAGCAACACAUCGAAUGAUUUUGUAAAUGCUUGCUUGUCACAAUGGUGCUGUACAUAACAACACACAAAAAUACCCUUGAACAGAGCCUUAUAUUGUAGAUAUGCAAAUUAGCACAGUGUACUCACACCUUUGUGUAUUUAUUAACUAUUUUUAUUUCGUAUGCUAUGUAUAUUUAUAGAGUACUUCAUGGUAAUCCUAGAUUAAAGAGUUGUGUAUGUUUUUUAAGUCUUUUACCCAUGCAUAGCCAACAUGUAAUUCUAUUGCACAUUUAUUAGAGAAUGCCAGCACUGUCGUGUGACCUUUAUUUGACAUUUUGUUGAUGAGAAUGUGUCUUACUAUGCAGAAGCUCAGUUACAUGUUUUAUAAAUAUGUUGCAGAGAUAAAUUUGCUGUAUAUAGCUGACAAGUAGGAAAAAACAAACAUUUUUUUUUUUACUAUAUUUCAGACCAAAGAUUCUUGUAAAUAAAGAAGAAAUAAUAA